AUGGAGAAUGAGGGGCGCGAACGCAUUGAUGAUGAGAUGAUGGUAGUUGUAGAAAAACUGAGGAACAUUACUGAACAUAAGCAGGCCAACCGGCUCAAUGGCAACGUAGGUGCGAACGAGAGCCACGAUGAACGCGGGAAGAUUCAAGUGCAAGUUUGCAAGCCGAAGGAAAAGAGCCUCCUUGACUUGGCGUCUUCUCCACCGGCUCCUCUGCAGGCUAAUCUGUGGGCAAAGAUAGCAGUCGCAGCUCCCCCUCAGGCCGUCCGUCAAACCAAUGGAUUCCACAGCAUGACUCCACCCAAAGCCGAGACCAAAGCAAUUCCACUGGUCCCUAUCCGCCCUGUUGUGCAAGCGUUGUUGUCACACCCAGCCAUGCCACCGCAACCAGCUCCUGCUACAAGGGGACGACGGACUGGGAGAGCCGGCAUCAUAAUCGUCGAGGGCAAAUUUACACUCGGCAGCUUGAACAAGCUUACCGCGAGGAUCUGCGAGGGUGCGCUCUACAGUGUUGAGAUCCACCAUCACACGGGGUUCGCGGAGAUCAUCUUCCAAAACGCAAUGCACGCGAAAGAAUUCCUGGCCAAGGACAAGUACACGAUGGAGAACACGGGCUUUGGCCGUUUCGGGAAGGGCUUCACGGUCAGGCACGAUAGGUAUAAGGAGCGGGGAUGGGAUGCGGAUUUGGAGAAGAUGGCGAAUGGCAAUCGGGAGAGGCGUCGAUUGACGUUUAGCGCCCCAUGCUGCUCCCAAUAUGGCGAAUGCGGCCUGGGAGCAUACUGUCUCGGCGGCUGUGAUCCCAAAUAUUCAUUUUCUCUCGAGUCCUGCGUCCCUGCUCCAAUAUGCAAAAGUAUGGAGUACAAAUUUGAAAAUUUGGACAGUGUUGUCCCAAGAACAAAAUACCUCGGCGAUGCAGACAAGGCAGGCUGGGUCUCGAGUGGGAAGCCUCUUACCACCAAUGGAGAUCUAGUGAUGACCAUGGCGCCAGAUACCGUUGGUACCCUGUUGUCCAGCGCUCACUACGUGUGGUACGGCAAAGUUUCUGCGACAUUGAAGACCAGUCGCGGCGCAGGCGUUAUCACUGCCUUCAUCUUUAUGUCCGAUGUGAAGGAUGAGAUUGAUUUUGAGUUUGUCGGAGCUGAUCUGCAUACCGCCCAGACCAAUUACUAUUUCCAGGGCAUCACUGAUUAUACCAACGGAAAAAAUCUCAGUGUCGACAGCAACACCUUUACGGAUUAUCACACCUACUCAAUUGACUGGAAACCAGACUCAGUCACCUGGUCGAUUGAUGGAAAGCCUUUACGUACCUUACUCAAAAAGGAUACCUUCGACAAGGGAGACAACAAGUACCACUACCCCCAAAGUCCCUCCCGACUUCAGCUCUCCCUCUGGCCUGGCGGAAAAGAAGGCGCCCCGGAGGGAACAAUUCAAUGGGCCGGUGGACUUGUGGACUGGAAUCAUGAGGAUAUUAAAAAACACGGGUAUUACUAUUCGCUCGUCUCUGAAGUUAGCAUAGAGUGCUACGAUCCACCUUCGGGUGCGAAGAUAGACGGCGACAUUUCAUACAUCUACACGGAUGCUGCCGGGACCGAGGACACGGUUAAGAUUACGGAUAAACCGACUGUUCUCAAAUCGUUCCUUGGCUCCGGCACUGAUAUGGGUAAAAACGAAUCGAAACCAGGUGAGACGGACGUCCCUGUGAUUCCUGGUCUCAACGGAGCCGGCAUUGGGGCCAAUGGCCAGAUCCCAUCUGGCAACGACAGUAACAACGGGCCAUCCACUGAUUUCACGGGUCCAAGCGAUAAACAUGGGUCUAGCGGCGCUCCAUCUGAAAACGAACGCGUUCUCAAGGGAUCAAUCUUCGCAGUUCUCGUGGCCGUCAUGGUUUUGGUCACCAUGUAAGGAUAAGAAUUUAAUACUAUUUUUGGAUACACUAUAACUAUCAAUGUACGACUCUAUGGAUAUAUAUUGCUUUUAUGUUUUGGGCAUAUAUUAUUCCUCAUAAUAAUUUAUUUUUUGUUCCUGUUUUCUGUUCUUAUCUUGUCCUUUCUAUUCCCUGUUUCCUUCAUUAUCUCUCAUCCUUGUUGUGCUGCCAACAUCGAAUUAAUCUCAUCCAUCUCCUGACUUGCUUCAUGCGCCCGGCCUCUGCCCCAUCCCCCUUGAAACCCCUUUCUCUCUCGCUCCUACUUGAAUAGCGGAUGUAUCUCAUGUGCGAUUCUAUAUGUGGCAAUCCUGCUCGAACGUUUUUGAGCCAGCAUCAAC